CUUCGAUGUUUCAAGAUGGAGGUCGGCGACGAAAUCCGCGAGAGACAGUAUGAAAGCAGUUUGUUGCUGUUGGCGGACGAACUAAUUGACAUGGUGCUAUCCUGCCCUUUAAUAGAUCAUAAGGACUUAUGCUGCUGUGCGCAAGUUUGCACACGUUUGAACACUAUUGCAACUGGAAAUGAACUGUGGAAGAGGAAGGCCCUCUCUAGGUAAUUAGGCUUACGUAAGGAAAAUGUGUACGUGUAAUUGGAACAAAAAUGAGAAACUUGGUUUGUGUGGAAAAUCAAAGGUAUUCUCCGACGUAAAGCUGUUAUUUCUCAACCUAGAUAUGUCCCAUGACUAAGUAAAGACUCGUAUCUUCGUCUCUUUUUUUUUUUUUUUUUUUUUUUUUCUCUUUCGCUUGUCCCAGCUGUGUUAUUCUACGCAUGAGUUGACAAUUUAUUGAGUUUUGGUAUCAGCUACUUGAGUAUGGGAUAUAAGCCAGUGGUCCACACUUGUUCCUUCUCUUUCCUGGGAGUAUCACUCUGGACCAGACUAUCUCGCUGACUCGGUGAUCAUGAUUGAGUUCAGAGACCAUCUCCUUGGGUACAGGAAGAGAGCCAGCGCUACUCCUGGCUCCUCCUGUCUCUGGGGAGAAUCAAAUACCAGGCAGGCUCAAGAAAUUACCUGGAAUUCUAGCCUGGCUCCAUGAGUGGACGAGAUGAAGCGAAUUUUGUGUUUUGAUUGGCUACUUGGUUGGUUAAGAAGGUUCCAUUGCUUUACAUAUCAAAUUUAAAAAAACACAGUUGACUUUUAAUACUUGUCUCCUACAGAUGGCGGUUUUGGAAAAGCAUGCCCAAAGAAAACUGGUGUGCAGUUUACAGAGACAGGCUGUUAACUGAACUUAAAAUCCUCUCUGCUUUAGAGAGUAUGUCAAAGAAAUAUUACAACAACCCUGAGGUUCACAGGAGAGAGUUUGACACAUUUGUGUAUUUAGGAAAUGAAAAUCCUGCCAUGUCGUGUCAUGUAAACAAUACUCUGAGUGAACUUUUACAAGGAAAUGAUUGGUAAGAGACACAGUUAUCACAAUGUCGUGACAGCUUUAAUUAACUUGCAGUUUUUUUUUUUAUCAUUUAAUACAUAUUGUAUGAAUGAUGUUUUCAUGCUUACUGAACUGUAUAAGAAUUUGUUUCCCUCAAAGCUGUUUUUUUUUUUUGAUAGAUAUAAAAUGUUUCAAAACAGAUGAAACAUUGGCUUAAUUUGUACUUUUUAAAGAACAUCAUAACUACUGUGACACUUUAAAUAUUGGUAUGGUAUACAUGUCACUAAAGAGACUGAUAUUUUGCAGCUGUUUUUGCUUUAUAGUGAAGUCAAUUUGACACACAGACACUAUGCCAGAAAAGUACAAUCCCAGCUGAAAAUUUUUUCUAUUAAGGACGAGUGGAAGAAAUUUCUGGCAUUACAAGAACAACAACAACAUCUUGAGAAAGGUGCAUAACCUUUUUUUUUUAUUUGGUGAACUUUUCUUUUUAUAAUUUUCAAUCAUUAAUCAAUUGAUAAUAAUUGAUUCUUUAAAUAUUAAUCACGAUUGGGUGUUUAUGGUUUGGUCUUAAGCAAGACAUAUACCUCUUACUGUGUCUCCUCUGACCUUCGAUUAACCCUUUUACUUCCAAGAUCUCAUCAGUAAUCCUCCUUACUGUCUGCUAUACAAUUCUUAUUAUGUUACUUUAGAGAAUGUGGUAUUGAAGCAACUAAUAAUCCCUUAAAUGAUAUUUUUCUUUAUUGUUAUUACUUGUGUGAUUAAUAUUGUAUUGAUAUUGUGAAGAUGAUUUAUUUUUUUAAUCACUAAUGGGAGUUGAAAGGUCAAGGUAAAGGAACUGCAAGCUUUUAAGCUGCUUAUCAAGUUGAAGAGAUGAGCAUCUUUUCCUAAUGGUCUUAUUGAUGUUUCAUGCGGUAGAAUUUGGACUGAGCUGUAGCAGCAGUAACACUUACUAAACUUUCUCAUGUUUUUAUGUCAACCUUCACAUUAAAUUUUCUGGUUACAGGUGCUAUGUUGGUUGUAAGAUGGAUUCUCAAUGAAGAGGAUAUAAAUGAAAAUGAGACUUUCUCAGAACUUGAUAGAAUUGCUCAGAUGGUAAAGGAGAAUCUGCAUGGCUCCAACAGCAGUACACACACAGCACCCUUAAUCCCGCUGGAGGAGCAAAUGACACAGAGUAAUGAGGGGCUCACCUCAGUUACACAUCCUGCAGCUUGUUUGAGAAUAUUGGCUUGUCUGAAGCAAGUUUUGUAUCAUCAGCUUCAGUUUAAAGGCUGUGUGGAUGAAUAUUAUAAAAAGGAGAACUCGAUGCUCUUUCAGGUAUAGUUGUCAACUCAGGUGGAAUAAAGCCAACCUCCAUUAGGAGGAAAACUGCCAUGGAAUCUCUUCUCUUAACCCUUUAACUCCCAGAAGUGAUAAACAUGUCAUUUCUCCCUAUAAUAUCCCUAUAUUAUCCAGCAAACAGGUAAUAAGAAACUCAAACUUAUCAGUUAAAAUUUGUUAUCUUGAUCAAAUUUUCCUAACUAAUUGAUAAGGAAAUGUGUUGCAGCUAGUAGGGAGAAAUAGCUAUCAGAUCUUGUGUGUUAAAAGGUUAAUAGACAGAUAUUUCAAGAUAAAGCAAAGCCAUUGUGAAGCUGGAUAAUUUUCUUGGCCUAUUUCCUUAAAUUGUUUCUCUUUGUUGUUUAUUUUUUACAGGUUAAAAAUAGAACUGGUAAUCCCAUCACUUUGUCAGUUUUGUUCACUGCUCUUGCAAGGAGACUUGGGGUUACAUUAGAACCAGUGAGUACAUAAAGUUUCUCUUUUUCGAGAUUAUACUGGGUAAUUUUGUCAUCAUUCUGAAUGAACAAGUGAAAGCUAUUGAAGUGCUUUGAGGUACAGACUGAGAUGGAACACAACACCCAAGAACAAGUGUUCAACCUCUAGUGGCUAUGACCAGAAGCCCUGUCCCUCUCUUUCUUCAUUUUUGAAAGUCAAAAACUGUGUUGCUAAAUGCUGCUGUUUAAACUUACAAGAAUGGAAAUUGAGUAGUAGUGUAUUGUUAAAAGCUUGGGAUAUUCUGGGGCGGAGCUACCUUCCAUACAUUCUCAUAAAUGAAAUGGAAACAAUGUUCUCACAACUUGCAGAGCAGUCUCACUGGAAAUUGUCAGGGGACAGCUCCAUUGCAGAAGAGCACUACUUGUUUACAAGGAAAAACAUGGCUGGUUAUGUUGUAAAGAUCUGAAGACGUUUUCCGUUUUGUAACUAACUUCAGGCCAGGAUCAAUACUUUAAGGAAACUUUCCUUAAAAAAGGACAGGAAGAACGGUGGCAACUAAAUAUUUCCCACUCGUAAAUAACUAGCCGAGGUAUAUGAAGGGUUUGACAGGUUAUUUUAAAUUACCUUCCUCAACAAACCCCUAAUUUAAAUGGACCACAAGUGCACUUAGUGGAGUUUUUUUUUUUAAUUUUUUUUUUUGAACUGCAACUUACACUUCCUGAUGAACACACUUCCCACCUGAACUUGCAUUUGCUUUUUGAAGUAACUAGCAUCCUCAAACAGGCUUUGCCAAAGCAAAAUCAACAAACAGGCAAAGGAAUGAGCAUAUCCAUAAUAUACAGUUCUAUUAGGGAGGCCGCUGACAAGCCAGUGAAUUGUCUAUUGUGCAAGUUGUGAGAUCAUUGUUCCUCAGUUCCUAACCUUGUAGCUUCCUUCCCAUCCUGGGAUAUUCAUUUAUUUUUAUGGUAUAAAAUUUUUUUGUUGUAAUAUUUUAAAUUAUCGUAAAUCUGUUUUUACAGAUAAAUUUUCCAAAUCAUUUCUUGUUGCGGUGGAGAUCUAACAUGGACCCAAAGUAUGUCUUAUACAAGUUUUUUAUUACUUCAUACUGGUAGAAUGAUAAGUAUAAUAGAAUUUCCUUGGUGUGUCAUUUCUUUCCUCAUAAUUAUCUACGUUUAGGACUUGAUUUAACCCUUUAACUCCAUGAGGUGAUAAACAUGUAGCUUCUCCCUAUGAUAUCUGCACAUUAUCCAGUAAACAGGUGAUGAGAACACCUAAACUUAUCAGAUAAAAUCUGUCAUCUUGAUCUGACACUAAAUUUCCAUAACUGAUUGACAAGGAAAUGUUUAGCAGUUAGAGGGGAGAAUGUUGACUACUAAAUCUUGGGAGUUAAAGGGUUAAGUUCAUCAGAUAUUACAAUAAAUGUAGUAUCUCCCUUACCAAGCUCAAGUACUUAAACUUCUGUUUUGGAUAAGAGAAUUUCAAUGCCUUGUAUUUUUAAGGGCAGAUCCUUCUACAGUAUAUAGGUACAUUGACUGCUUCAAUAGUGGAAAUUUCUUAACUGAAGCUCAAUGUGUGGAUAUGCUUUUAUCACCCUUGGCAAAUGUACGAAGUUUUGGUAAUGCACUGUUUGUUAGGGCUUCGCCUACACAGGUACUUUUGAUAGUUAUUGUUACCACUGUAACAGUAGUUACUUUUAACGUAAGACACUGUUAAGUUGAUUUAUAAAAAGCAUAGAGUUCACAGAGCAAAUACAUUUCUGACCCUUCAGUCUUAGCAAUCAUGUUAUUUGAAAAUUUUUUUAACUUUCUGGACAAGUAUUGAUAAAACCCAAUUAGUACUUUACACAUGUCAACAUUUGACACAUACCAAGUUUUCCUUAUGUGUGUUUGUGUCAUGUUUUUAGGUAUUUAUUCGCAUGGUGGCCAAUAUCAUAAAUAGCUACAGAAUGGAAGAACACCCAGGUGGUCGGUAAGACACAUGUUAUAAUUAGUGUUUUCCCUUAUUUUGAGCAUGACAUGUGAAAGCAAUUUUAAAAAAUUUUUAAAAAAUUGUAGAGUCUGAUUUUGGAUACUAGUAUUCUAUUAUGGCCACAAGUUUUCAUAUUUUAGAUACUAAUACCUUAUUUUAGACACUAGAAUCAGAUUUUAGACUCUAGUGUCCAAUUUUAAAUGCCAGUGUCUGAUUUUGGACACUAAUAUCCCUUGUGUUUGUGUCCCUUCAGGUCAUUUCCUGUGUACUGGUUCUUUUUACUCUGGGUAAUUCAAAUCAUGUUCGUAAAUUCAGGACAUUAGUCACAAAUCAAACAGUCAUUAGUCCAAAAAUCUAGUUGAUCUUGAAAUAUCUGUGUAUUUUGUGUGUUUUUCAGUCUGUUAUGUUAUCUUUGCUUAUAACCCAUCCAAUUUUUUUUCAUACUGCAACUCACACAGAAACAGAUUCAAUUUUUCAAAUAAUCAACCUUUAAUCUGGGGUGGUAUACUUGACCUGGACUGCCUACAAGCUCUUCAUUAAGAGAAACACGCCACAAGAAGACAAGAAUUCUUUAACCAUAAGUUGAGCUCUUGGUCAGACUGAUUAUCACUCUAAUUUCUUCUUUAGAUUGAGUGGUCUGCAUUCUGCUCUUGACCUGAUGCUAUUUCUUGAUCCUAAUGAUGAAGACAGCAGACUGCUGUUGGCCAGAAUACAGGUUCAUCUAGGUAUUGACUUAGAAGAGGUUUGUUUUAUUUCACAAUUUCCUUGAUUUUAUAAAUACUUUUAGAAGACUUCUUGCUAAUGGGCAUCCAUGUAUAAGUGUUAUUAACAAAAUUGUAUAAAGAGGUCUAAGGAGACCUUAGCAGCUGCUAAGUUAAAUGGCCCAAGAAAAACUACAAAGAAGUUUUUUGUGUGUGUGCUCAAAAUAAUUUGGUGUUGUACAGCAACUUUUCAGUAACUUUAUUUUCAUUUAAUAAAAACUCUUCUAAUAGUUCUGAAUUACAAAAUGGUGAAAAAUUCUAGGAUAAAAACAAGCUGGCUAUUGUUUUAUCUAAACCCAAAAUUCAUUUACAGGCAAUUGACAGUCUUCAGAUCCUACAGAGCAGUGCAAACCAAGUGCGUAAGGGAAUAUUGGAUAAUCUCCUUGAACGAGCCAAUCAGAAAAAGAGAAUGCAGGAUUUGGGAGAAAAUCUUCCCCCUCCAGUACGGCAAGAGAUGUUAAUUUACAGCAGUACAUUAUUGUCAUGGCUUUCCAUCCAAAUCUUUUAUAUUUAAGAGUUGGAGAAGUUACUCAAUAGGGUAGUUAAUGAUCUGUAGGACCCAGCAGGCAGGAUGUUCAAGUAAUCAUCAUCUUACUACACAAGCCAAACAGGGAAAAUCAUGGCUAUGAGAUUUGAAGGGUGUUAAGUUAUAAAACACUAAAAUCACUGAGUUCCUUUAGACAGUUGGAGACUGAAUUGGAUAUUAUUUGACUUCACACUUUCUGUUAGCAUUCACUUGAAGUAAACACAAUUAACUUGUGAAUUUGGGUAAAUUUUUGUAACAAAGUUAUUGACUUUCCCUGAGGUUUUCUUUCUUCUAACAGCAUGCAAUGUCUAAACUGUUGUAGGGUUGAUAAUAUAGCUUCUUUCAGGAAUGUUUUGUUGUUUCGUUUUGCAUAGAAACCAAGAUCUGAUCCAAGGAAUUCUCAAGUUGGAUUUAAAGUUGGAAUGGUGAUGAGGCACAAGCUGUAAGUUAUGACUCAGCACAGUAUGUAUACUGGGUAGUUGUUCAACAAUGCCGUUGACUAAAGACAAAGGGUCGCACUUGUGAUACAAGUUGAUGACAUGACAAGGGAAACCAAAGGAACAUCCAAGCAAAAGAUGCUAGAUCACCAAAGAAGUUGACAAAAGAAGGGGGUGGGGGCUGAACCCCUACUCCAAACACCCUUUCCUCCCCCACAUGUCUAUGCAGGCUAACUUAUUGUCAUUCUUGAACAUUCUUCUCAGGUAUCAUUAUGGUUGUGUUAUUUAUGGAUGGGAUCCUGUUUGUGAAAUGGAUGAGUCCUGGAUUCAGCGAAUGGGUGUUGAUCAAUCACCUGGUGGCCGCAAUCAGCCUUUUUACAAUGUGCUGGGUGAUGAUGGCUCACAAAGAUAUGCUGCACACAGUAAGCUGAAUUUCUGGUUAAUCAACAUAAUUUUCAAAAAAAGUUAGUGGAAUUUCUAUAAAAUGGAAGGAAAAAACAAUGUAUGAUCUAGCUGGCCAUUAGGUAGUAAGAAGAAAUAUCAGAGGAAUUUCAAUGAUCUUCGUCGCAUGGGUUGGUACACAGGUAUUUUUUUUGGUCAAGUAUGUGCCCCAACUGCUUAGAAUUUAAAAUUCAUUUUAGAAAUAAUUAUCAUUCAAAAUUAUACCCUGUUUUGCAAAGAGGUCAAUUUGUAGCAACUCUCACUAGAAAGUUAGUUGCAUCUGAUAUUGUGAUGCUUUGUUCUUUUGAAAUGUUUCACCCAGUUUUUAGAAUAACCUGUAAAUGGCAGACACCUUUAUGGUGUCUCUCCCUUUCUCCAGAUCAAGGCCAUUACCUAAGCCAUGUCUUUCUGUUAAAUAUUGAUGAAGUCUUAAACUAAUGAAAAUUUAAAUUCUGUGACACUUUCCCUCUUCAUGCAUAACAUAGUGGGAUUGUUAAUUACUUCAAUUUCCUUGCAGUUAAUCUGAAAGAAGAUCCUAAUCAGCCUUUGAACCCCCAUCCUGAACUUGGAAAGUACUUCAAAGGUUUCACCGGAACCAGAUACAUUCCAAAUGAAUGUCUUCAAUGCCAGUACCCUGAGGAUGUUGACAAUUGAUCUAAACUUAACUAUUCAUUUCAACAAAACAUAUCUUCAAUGAAAUAUCUGUGUACUUAAGGAAAACACUCAUCGAUAUGAUGUUAUGUGCAAUAUUAUAUCCCUACACAGAUUGGUUUUUAUAAACCAUAAAUUCCAAGAUUUUCUCUGGUGAAGGGCUAACACUCAAAAUGUCAGCUUUCAUAUUCUUUAUGGUGGCCAAUUUAUAUUACCCUAUUAUACCCUUUAUUCAUAAAGUCUUAUGUUUGGUUAUACUCGAACUGUACACUUUAACUGUAGCCGAAAGUUGCAAUGUAACCACUGUAUUAUAAAUGUGUAAUAUUUUUUAUUGACUCAGGAAUUAGAGUGCCAUGGACUCAAAUGUUAUGCAGUUUAUAGCCUAUUUAUUUCCUACAUUUUGGAGUUAAGAAACUAAAGCAGCUACUUCUUAUCUACAGGAAUGAUAUUUAUGCUUGAAGGAAUAAGUUUGAAGAGAACCCCUUUAGGCACUAAGCCCUCUCACCUCUAGAACUGACCAACAAAUAAUUUCUUGUACCAAAUCAAAAAGACAGCUGAUUAGAUAAGAAAAAAAUGUCAAUUUGAUUAAAAUUUCAUCUGAUAAUUUAGGAGAUCUAUGCCAGAAAGUAAGAAGAUUUGGCAGUAAAAGGGUGAUUUCUACAACUUGUUGCUCUCUGUUUGGUGGAAUCAAAUAUGUAUUUUAAUAGGUAAUUUAGUGUUAACAACUGAGUUGAAAACGUAAAUUAGCCACUGUAAUGGGUAAAAAAGCUGACGUUUCAAGCAUUAGCCCUUUGUCAGAGCAAUUGGAGGAAUUGUAGGUUGUGUGUGGAUUUCUAUGGAGAAAGUGGAGCUAUGCCAUUGGUGGGAAUAGGGUAAUGAGAAAAUGUAUGUAUUUUAUGUAUGUAUAUGUAUUUUAAUACUCAUCUUAAGAACAGAAUUAUAGCCUUUUGGACAGUUCCUUAUUUCAUCAUCUUUAAAUUAAUUGUACUAGAAAAAGAUAAGGAAUAUAUAAGAAAAAGGAUAAUUUUGUAUUGGAAAUACUGUGAACCUUGCUAUAGUGUGUGUUAUUUAAGAUGCUGCAUAACUGUCUACAACACCUUUAUUGCCUUUGAUUAAGGAGUUCCUUGGCUUCCUAUGUGAUAGUUGUUGAUCAUUUCGCUAACAUUGGACAAGGCUGUUACAGACAACUAUUUGAAUUUCAUUAUCAUGCAGUGUAAAGAAUAUGGUCACUUUGUACUGUAUAGAACAUACUUACAUAAGAGAUCAUGUAAACUAGAAAAUAUUCAUUUGGUUUAAAAUGAAUUUAUGAGCAG